AUGGCUUCCACUGUCCGGCCCCCGCCACCUCACAGCCCUUGGAUCAGGACGGCGCCCCGGCCACACCUGGCCGAUGAUCGUGGGGUUUUCCUCCAGGGCCCCGAUCACCCCGUGAUCCGACCCGGAGGUGCUUACCGCAGGCAGACGGAGCGCGACUUCCGCAUCACGUGCGCCGCCCCGCCCCGGCGUCGCCCCGCCCACCAAUCGCCAAGGUCCACCGAACUACUGUUCACCAAUCCCCGGGCUCAGCUGCGGACUGACGUCGCCCCGCCCACCCACCGCAGCUUCUUCCAUAGGGCAGGCGUGGCCCCGCCCCGUGACGCAGAAGGGGCGUGCCCUCCACGUGGGCAGCUCUGGGAGCGGGCGUGCCCCUCGGAGAGAGCAGGCGUCUCUUGGAGAGGUAACAGGGGCACCAAGCCAACAGAGCCGGCAGCGGGGGGUGGGGGCAGUAAGGAGGCGCAGAGCGAGAGACCGGGGUGGGGAGUCUCACAUGCAAUUCAGAGGGGCUGUCAGCAGAGCCAUCGAGGCCGAGGCGGGGAGCCCAAGUCCCCACGGAGCUGUCUGAGAGCCGAGCGCUCGGCCGGGCGCCGGGCCGGACCGUCCUGGGACGCGAGGCCGGGGAGCCCUGGUCUCGCGGAGCUGAGAGCCGAGCGCUCGGCCGGGCGCCGGGGCCGCAUCGCUGGCCCGCUGGCGGCCACGCUGCUGCUCCGCGCGCGCCCGCACGGCCUCCCCGAGCGCUGCAGCGACCAGAGGAGCCGGCGCAUCCUGGACGCGCUGUGCCAGGACUAUGAGGGCGGCGCGCUGGUGGGCGACCUCUGCGAGGACCUGUGCGUGGCCGGCCAGCUGGUGUACCGGCGCUGCCUGUACCACGAGCGCGGGAAGAAGGUGCUGCAGGCGGACUGGCGCGGCCGGCCGGUCAUCCUCAAGUCCAAGGAGGAGGCCUUCUCCAGCUUCCAGCCGCCGGGCCUGCCGCAGGCGGCCGACGAGGACCAGGCCGUGCCCGAAGCCGAGCUGCUGCUGCUGCUGGCUGGCGAGGUCAAGAGCGCGCUGGGCCUGGAGCUGGCCAACAGCAGCCUGGGUCGCCUGUGGCCGGGACGCCGGGGCCCCGGCUGGCGCGGGCAGGUGGCCAGCCUGUGGGCGCUGCUGCAGCAGGACGAGUUCCUCCAGCUGAGCCUGCUGCGCGGCCUGAGCAGCCACGUGCCGCCCGUGCUGGGCUCGUGUGGCCAUUUCUACGCGGUGGAGCGCCUGGCGGCCGGCAGUGCGCAGCUGCGCGCGCUCUUCCCGCUGGGCGCACGUGGGGCCCGGGCAGGGGCGGCCAGCGUGGCGCUUGGCUUCCUGGACAUGGUGCAGCACUUCGAGCAGGACUUCGCCCACCGCCUGCACCUUUGCGACGUCAAGCCGGAGAACUUCGCCAUCAGGAGCGACCUGACGGUAGUGGCGAUUGACGUGGACAUGGCCUUUUUUGAACCUAAAAUGAGGGAAAUCCUGGAGCAGAAUUGCACCGGAGAUGAAGACUGCAAUUUCUUUGACUGUUUUUCAAAGUGUGAUUUGCGAACCAACAGGUGUGGAGCCCAGCGAGUCAACAGCAAUCUGCAGGUCAUCUGUGACAAGAUCCUUCGUCAUUUGUUCUCCUCACUUCUCGAGGGCUCUGGCGUCUCCUUCCCACUGCGGCGGCAGUUACAGGAGGUGGUGAAGCAGUGUGCAGACCCCCGGGGCCCCGCUGUACCCCAGACAACAGCCCCUCGUAUCUUCUGGAAGCUCCGGAGCCUGCUGCAGGCCGCACUGAGGGAACUGCGGGCCGCCCGACUGUAA